AUGAAAUGGAAUGAAGAAGAACGUAUUAUUGAAGACGAAUUCGCUAAAGCUGAUAGUAUGGUUGCAAAUUACGUACUACAAUCAGAGAAACACUCAAAUGCUAUUUAUAAGAGUCAGCUUAUUAAUACUCGCGAAUUAAUAGCAAAGGUUGGCCAAGAAAACAUAUAUACUAUUAUAAGAGAAUCAGAAAAGAAUGACAGCUUUCCAUCUUCAG